UGCAAGUAUGGCAAGAGAUUUAUUAAGUAUUCCAAUUACUACUGUUGCUUUCGAGUCGAGUUUUAGCUUGGGAAGUAGGAUACUAACAAAAUGGAGAGCUUCCUUACUACCGGAGAGUGCCGAGACUUUGGUCACAACCCGAAGUUGGCUAUAUGGAUAUGAUGUUGAAAAUGAUAACAAUUCUCUUGAAGACGGUGUUGAAAUUCCGAUUUUGCGGGAUCCAAACAAAGAACCUCAAGUUAUCGGCGUAGAAGAGAGCGGAGUUGAAAUUCUUGAAGAUGAUGAUUUUUAGUAAAUGUUGUCUUAGAUUAUUAAAUAGUAGACUAUGAACAAGUUUAUUAAAUUGUAAUUGUCAUACUUUGUUGAACUAAUUUUAUUUUCUGUUUC